GGGGAAAUUAAAAUAUAAAGAAGAUUUCCAACGAAAGAAAAUCAGUAUUCUAGUGUGAAAUCAGCUAUAAAGUUGUAUUCAAAUUUGUAAAAACAUUUUAAAACUACAGAAAUGGCAGCCAAAUUAGUCUUGAUUGUCUGCAUGGCUCUAUUCGCCGUCUGCUUCGCUUUGCCCGCUGUCCCCGAAAACGUUGCUGUCGAUGAAGCUGUUAAUGAUGUUGCUAAACCCGUUGUUGAUCAACCAAAAGAAAAUAUGAAAACAGCUGAUACUACUUUCCUUACUUAUGGAUACUACCCUUCAUACGGAUAUGCAUACCCAAAAUACUACUCUGGUCUUGGAUACAGAAGCAUUCCAUACUACUAUGAUAGCUACUACAGCGGAAUCUACAAAUCAUACCCAUACUUUUUUUUCUAAUUCUGUUCAAUAUUAAAUAAAUAAUAUCUGGAUAAUUUGUAAAAAAGAUGUAUUAAAAAUAAUGAUCAAAGUUAUUUGAAAAUUCUCAAUAAAGUUUUAUCAUCAAAAUUA